AGGACAGUCUCAGAGGUUAAAGUAAUACACCUGCUGCUGAGCCGACAGUCCUCCGCACACAGCGAGCUCAAACUGGCUUCUUCCAGCCGUGUAGAUGACAGAGUGAUCGUCAGGAGAGGGUCCUGUGGUGUGUCAGAGAUGCUGGGUGGAGAUCUGGUGGCGACUUGGGACGUGGCGCUGAGCGACAACGUGUACAAGAUUGAGUUUGCUCAUGGUACCACCACGGGGAAACGCAUUGUGUACGUCAACGGACAGGUAGUCGUCAGAAAAGACUGGCUGUUCAAGCUGGUUGGAAAGGAGACCUUCACCGUGGGGAGCUCCAACACCAAAGCCACCAUACUCAUUGAGGCGGUUGGCGGCUUUGCCUACGAGUACACGCUGGAGGUGGAUGGCAAGAGUCUGCAGAAAUUCACUGACAACAGAGCCAAGACGUCCAAAACAUGGCUGCUCAAAGUGAAGGGAGAGGACUGCAGGGUGGUGCUGGAAAAGGACACCAUGGAUAUUUGGUGCAACGGGCAGAAAAUGGACACAAAGGGGGAGUUUGUAGAAGACGGCACAGAGACGCACUUCAUGUUGGGGGAACACGAAUGCUGCAUCAAGGCUACGAGCGGUGGGAAGAAAAAGAGCAGCAUUGUGCACUCUUUACUGCUGGACGGAGAGAAAGUACCAGCCUCAACACAAUAGUGCCGGAUGAGCUCUCAAAGAGACUCUAUGAAAGAGGUAUUUGCACGCAAAGGACAAAUACCAAGCAGUACUACAGGCUGGGCUUUAUGACGAAGGAAUUUGGUUUUUAUCAUUUAGCUGGGUUUGAUUAUAGAUUUGGAAAAUAAAGAUACAAAUAUGUGCUUGUAAAUAUAGCAAAUAAACACUGUGCAUUAUG